UAAGACUGGCUUAUUUUUGUUCUGUAUUUGUGCAGGAUCUGUUACAUGAGGAUCCUAAAUGCUAAAGUAACUGCUCUUCUUAAAGGCAAAACUACUGUGCAUGUCAGGAGCAGGAUGGGCAUUGCUCUGAAAGCAAAGUUCGGUGUUUUUGCUCCGAUAAAAUGUUUUGGCAAGCACAUCCCUGGUCAGAGGAAUGCCUAGGUCAGGGCCAGAACCAUGGCCAUCUUCCGCCCCCGAGCUGGAUUGGCUUUUGUCAGCCAGAUGCCUUCUGAUCUCCACCUUCUCCCUCUGUCCCUCUUCUGACAGUAGCCAUGUGCUCAGCAGGGGCUCUGCAGCCCUGUUUGCUUUAGCUGGGGAGAUGUUUGCCUUUCCUGCAGAACCCCAGCUGCCGGGGAAACCUGGGGCGGCUGUGUUGAUUUAUUAGGGCACAGUGUGCCUCAGGAAUGCCUCUGCUAAGGAGCUGGGAGUGAUGGAAGGGAUCCUGCCCGGAGCGGCGUGAAGCCUUCUCGUUUCUCUUUACACAGACGCGAAGCAGGAAUUCCCCAAAGCAAGCUUGAGGCACACUCCUCAAUAAGAGAAAUGAAGGUGUCUCAGCGUUCCCAAGAGCCCAGAUGGUAAGCAAAAUGCGCCGGGAGUCAGCACUGGGACACCCACGGACUGCUGCAGCCUGCUGGGCCCCUCCGUGUUCCUGAUCGUCUGUUUGUGCUGCCAGCGUAAUGCCCGGCAGCCUCUUGGUGCUGCUGCGGGAUGAAUGCACCUGAUGAACGGUACCGCCUGUGAUUAGUGGACAAGGGGGUUCACCAGGCACGUGGGCUACUGGAAAGAAGCGUUUACCAUGCCUCUGGGAACGUUCUUCCUUCCUGUUCUCUGUUUCCUGGGAGCGGCAAUCCCGAGGGGACUGCAGUACGUCACGUUCUCGCGCAAUGCUACGAAAUUCCUCCACCUGUCCAUGGAUUUGGAGUCUGGCACCAUUUACCUGGGGGCUACCAACUUUCUCUUCCAGCUGACAUCUGACCUGCUGAUGAAGAACGUGGUUCAAACCGGGCCGGUUCUGGACAGUAAAGAUUGCCUCCCCCCAGUCUCGAGGCUGGAGUGCCCUCAGGCACACCACACCGACAAUCACAACAAGCUGCUGCUGGUGAACGCGGUGCAGAAGGAGCUCAUCGUGUGCGGCAGCGUGCACCAGGGAAUCUGUGAGAAGAGGAGCCUCGCGUCCAUCGACCACGUCCUCUUCCGACCGGAGAGCCCUGGCGACACUCAGUACGUUGCUGCCAACGACCCCAAUAUCACCACCGUGGGACUCGUGGCCUACUCGAAGGAUGAGGUCCCCUUGCUCUUUGUGGGACGAGGGUACACGAGCCGAGGAGUCGGAGGGGGGAUUCCUCCCAUCACUACCCGAAACCUCAGGGCCCACGGUGGGGAUAUCCAAGCAACAGACUCUCACUCCAUUUUCUCCUAUGAAGAAACAGCUAAACUGGCCGUGGGCCGGCUCUCCGAGUACAACCACCAUUUCAUUAAAUCCUUCACGUAUCGUUCCAGCGUCUAUUUCCUCUUCUACCGCCGGGACCUCAAGUCUCAGUCGCGCGAGUACAAGACCUACAUCUCGCGGAUCUGCCUGGAUGACUCCCAUUAUUACUCCUAUGUGGAGCUACCCCUGCUGUGCCAGAGCAAAGCCAAUACCUACAGCCUCCUGCAAGCAGCCUACGUCACCCGGCCGGGGAAGGACCUGGCCCAGGGGCAGCUGGACACUGACGGAGAAGUGCUGUUUGCAGCCUUCUCUGCCUGGCAGGCUUCUUCUGGCAAACUGAGCGAGGAGUCUGCGCUCUGCAUCUAUGCGAUGGAGGAGGUGGAUCGCCUGACCAACUGGACUAGGGAUGUGUGCUACAUGAGGGACGGGAAGUCAGAAGAAGGCACAGAAGUGGCAUACAUUGAAUACGAUGUCAGUUCCAACUGCGUCCAGCUGCCAGCGGACACCCUGUAUGCAUACCCCUGUGGCUCUGACCACACUCCCAGCCCCAUGGCCAGCCGGGUACCCUUGGAAGCAGCCCCCCUCCUGGAGAAAACAGAUGCCCGACUGACAGCUGUGGCGGUGAAUGUGGAAGAUGGCCACACCAUCGUAUUUCUGGGAGACAGCAGAGGGAGACUGCACAAGGUGUACUUAGGAGCAAUGGGAGAUGCACAUAUAUACGCUUCUUUACCUAUCCAAUUAAACAGCGUGGUGAGUGGAGACCUGCUGUUCGACCAGCUGCAGGAGAACCUCUUCGUCAUGACCCAGUCAAUGGUGGUAAAGGUUCCCAUACUGGAGUGUUCUCUCUACUUGGACUGCGAAUCCUGUCUGGCACUGAAAGAUCCUUACUGUGGCUGGUGUGUCCUUCAGGGACGGUGCAGCCGUCGCUCUGAGUGCUUGCGGUCCAGGCUGAGUGAGCAGUGGCUCUGGAGCUUUAACUCUACACAGCAGUGUCUCUUUGUCCAGUCACUAACUCCAGCCAAUAUCAGCAGAGAGGAAAAGAGAAAUAUAUUUCUGGCUAUCUCGGACUUACCUUCUCUACAUGAGGAAGAAUUCUACUCGUGUUACUUUGAAGAUUAUGAAAGCCCAGCAGUUCUGACAGAGUCAGGAAUCAUGUGUCCUUCGCCAGAUCCCAGCCAAGCACCAACCUUGCCAGCAGGAGCAGAUCAUGUCACCAUAAAGCUCGUAGUGCGUUUCCAUGACAUCUUCAUUGCUUCUGUGGACUUCUCUUUCUAUGACUGUGCUGCAGUGGCCCUGCUAUGGAAAUCAGCACCGUGCCAGAAAUGUGUGAGCAGUCCCUGGGGAUGUAACUGGUGCAUCCAGCAGCACCUCUGCACCCACAAGGCAGCCUGCGAGGAAGGAAUCAUUAUCUACAAUGAAAGGGCCCAGCUGCCAACUUCAAGCGUGUUUCCUUCUUCAGCAGCUCCCCUCACCAAAUCCUCUACCAUAGCCCCUGUGGUGGCCACAAAACCUAUCACUCCCCCUGUGCGUGUGGUACUGAGCACUGCGUCCCCCACAGAGCCCAACCACGUCACGCCCUCUGCAGCCUCGGAUUCAAUGACUGAGCCUACAGAAACCUUCAGCUACAUGUCCUCAACUCUUUCAACCGAAGCAGUGUCUCUCCAGGCUGUCACAGAAGCCCCCCUGCCACCACCAGCAGACAAACCUGCUGUCACUCUGCCAGACACAACUUCUCCUGCUGCCCCUGUCCUCACCAGUCCGUCCAAAAACGGGGAUCACGCAGCCCUGCCCACUGUAGGGCCAGCCACUGCCCAGGAGCCGUGGCACAGCGACCCACCCACCACUGCAGUAGCUACUCCUCUGCUCACAACUGCACCAGCAGUAACACCUUCCCCUCACAUCACCAGCUUCAGGUGGCCUCCAAAUUCUCUUCCUACCACCGAAGCCCUGACAUCUGCCAUCCCAUCUCCCCAGCCCCCCAGCGAGGUGCCAGGGGAGACUGCCGUCUCUGAUGACUCUCCUGGUUUGCUGGGAACCGAAAUUCCUGCUUCAGAGCUCCCGCCAUCAGCUCCCCCAGACUGGCUGCUGGGGGAAGACACGGAGCUCCAGGACACGGAGGACUGGAUGGAUUUGCUGCAGGCUGAGAAUGACACGUCUCCCUUCUCUGCUUCCACUCUUCUGUCGGGUGAUGGCGAUUCUUCAGAGAGGGAUGUCCCUGACUUACCCAGGAUCCUCCACCCUGACCUUGACUAUCAGUAUGAUGCCCCUGGGUUUUGGGAGGAGAAUGAAGAGUUUAGCUGGGGUCCUGGUGCGUGUCCCUGUGUGCAGGGAAUCCAGGGAUCUUCGCUGUUUCCAGUCAAUGUGGCAAGGAAGAUAACCCUGCUAGGAAAGAACUUCCACCUCUACCAGGACCAGCAGUGGGACUAUGAGUGUGUCCUGAAUUUGGAGGGGAGGACAAUGGUGAUGGAUGCUUAUGUGGAAGGGGAAGAAACAAACCAGUCCCUGUGUUAUAUCACCUGCCAGCUGAACCAGUACAGCUAUGCAGCACCUCAACUCGAAUUCAACGCUGUGGUGUUUGUGCAGAGGCGACAACACCUUCGAGUGGACAGUGCUGCAGAUCUCCACGUGACUUUUUACAACUGCUCCGUGGGACACACCGAUUGUAGCCGCUGCCAAACAGCUGACUCGAAGUACAACUGUGUGUGGUGUGGAGGCAGCAACCCCAGCUGCAUCUUCAGGGGCUCCUGCAAGGAAGAGAUAGAAGACCUGUGUCCAGCACCGCUCAUUCACUCUGUGUACCCCCUGUCUGGACCAGUGGAAGGUGGCACUAGAAUCACCAUCACUGGCUCAAACCUCGGGCAGAAACAUCAAGACAUUGCAGAAACUGUCACUGUUGCAGGAAUUCCUUGUGCCGUAGAUGCUCAAGAGUAUGAGAUCUCUAGCAGUAUCGUGUGUGUCACUGGCGGGAGCUGGACGGAGAGAUUUGGGCACGUGGUGGUGGAAGUGCCUGGAGGAGGACGUGGAGUUUCCGGGCAUAUUUUCACCUAUCAGAACCCGGAGCUGAAAUCCAUUGUUCCGACUCAGGGCCCCAAAGCAGGAGGAACCUGCCUUACCCUUCUGGGCUCAAAGCUGCUGACUGGACAUCCUAGUGAGAUCAGCGUCCUGCUUGGAGACCUCCCUUGCCGCAUCCUCUCUGAGAUGACAGAGGAUCAGUUGGCAUGUCAGACGAGUCCCAGCAAUGUGUCUGCAGAGCUACCAGUCACUAUCAAGUAUGGGGACCAGGAGCGGAGGCUGGAAGGAUCCCUCUUUAGAUAUACUCUGGAUCCCAACAUCACUUUUGCAGAGCCACCUAAAAGCUUUCUCAGCGGAGGGAGAGUGCUCAGAGUUCACGGAUACAACUUGGAUGUUGUACAGAGACCGAAGAUUCGAGUUACAGUCUCUCCAUCUGAACGCCGGCGUCGAGGAGUGGGGCGAUGGCGCAGAAUAAUCCCAGAUACCGAGUGCCCUGAGGGUUCUCUGUGCAGCAUCCAGCAGUUUGAAGAACCGUGUCUUGUUAACUCCUCCUACCUGAUCCUGUGCAAAACUCCAGCCAUUAACCUGCUACUGCGGAGUGUCCACGUCAAACUGGAAUUUAUUCUGGAUAAUUUGAGCUUUGAUUUCAACUCCUUGCAUCCCAUGCCCUUUUCUUAUGAAGUCAACCCCAUCCUCAAGCCACUGAAUGCUGAAGACCCCGCCAAGCCGUAUCGUCACAAGCCAGGAAGCGUCAUCUCUGUGGAGGGGGAAAAUCUAGAUCUGGCCAUCUCCAAGGAUGAAGUUAUGGCCAUGAUUGGGGAAGGAAUCUGCGUGGUGAAGACACUAACAAGGAAUCAUCUCUACUGUGAGCCUCCUUCUGAGCAGCCAGCUCCGCGGCACCGCACAAAGCGGGAGGGCACUGACUUGCUCCCAGAGUUCACGGUACAAAUGGGAAACCUGAACUUCCUCCUGGGCCGAGUACAGUAUGACACAGAAAGCCAGCUCACCUUCCCACUGGAGGCACAGAUCGGUUUGGGUGUUGGUGCGUCCUUUGUGGCACUUGUCGUUCUGGUCAUUGUUUUCAUAUACAGGAGGAAGAGCAAACAGGCUCUGAGGGAUUACAAGAAAGUUCAAAUCCAGCUGGAAAAUCUAGAAACAAGUGUUCGGGACAGAUGCAAAAAGGAAUUCACAGACCUGAUGACUGAGAUGAUGGACCUCACAAGCGACCUCGUGGGCACAGGCAUCCCCUUCUUGGACUACAAGUCCUAUGCGGAGCGCAUUUUCUUCCCGGGCCACCGUGAGUCACCGUUGCAAAGGGACCUGGACAUCCCCGAGUGCCGACGGCAAACGGUGGAGCAGGGCUUGGUCCAGCUCUCCAACCUGCUCAACAGCAAGCUCUUCCUCACCAAGUUCAUCCACACUCUGGAAAUCCAGCGUACUUUCUCUCCGAGAGACCGGGCCUAUGUGGCAUCAUUGCUCACCGUGUCUCUGCAUGGGAAGCUGGAGUACUUCACUGACAUCCUCAAAACACUCCUGAAUGACCUUGUGGAGCAGUAUGUGGCCAAGAACCCCAAGCUGAUGCUGCGGAGGACAGAAACAGUGGUAGAGAAGCUGUUAACCAACUGGAUGUCCAUCUGCCUGUAUGCAUUUGUGAGGGACUCUGUUGGGGAGCCACUUUACAUGCUGUUUCGAGGAAUCAAACACCAGGUGGACAAGGGACCCGUUGACUGGGUGACAGGGAAAGCCAAAUAUACCCUGAAUGACAACCGGCUUCUGAGAGAGGACCUGGAGUACCGGACUUUGACUUUAAACGCUUUGACACAAGCAGGAGUUGCUGCAGGAGGGGCAGAGGACUCCCAAGGGAUUUCUGCAAAAGUGCUAGACUGUGACACUAUAACACAGGUGAAGGAGAAAAUCCUAGACCAGAUCUAUAAAGGGACACCGUACUGUCACCGACCAGACCCAGACACCCUGGACCUUGAGUGGAGGUCAGGGCUGGCAGGUCAUCUGAUUCUGUCUGAUGAGGAUGUGACAUCUGUUGUUCAAGGAACUUGGAAACGCCUGAACACUCUUCAGCAUUACAAGGUGCCUGAUGGAGCAACAGUAGCACUGGUCCCUCGCCUGACCAAGCACAUCCAUAGAGAGAAUCAGGAUUACAUCCCAGGAGAGAAAACACCGAUGCUGGAGGAUGCAGAUGAAGGUGGGAUAAAACUUUGGCACCUGGUAAAACCAACAGAAGAGCCAGAGCUUCCCAAGCAUCGCCGUGGGAGCUUAAGAGAUCGGGAGCGAGCCAAGGCAAUCCCAGAGAUCUAUCUGACACGUCUGCUCUCUAUGAAGGGCACCCUGCAGAAGUUUGUGGAUGACUUGUUCCAGGUGAUCCUCAGUACCAACCGCCCCGUCCCUCUGGCAGUCAAAUAUUUCUUUGACCUGUUGGAUGAGCAGGCAUUACACUACGGGAUUGCAGAUCCUGAGACCAUCCAUAUCUGGAAGACAAACAGCCUGCCCCUGCGGUUCUGGAUUAACAUCAUCAAGAAUCCCCAGUUUGUUUUUGAUGUGCAGACGUCAGAUAACGUAGAUGCUGUGCUUCUGGUCAUUGCACAGACCUUCAUGGACUCCUGUACGAUUGCUGACCAUAAGCUAGGACGGGACUCUCCAAUCAAUAAGCUGCUCUAUGCCCGGGACAUUCCUCGCUACAAGCAAAUGGUGGAAAGGUAUUAUGCGGACAUUCGUCAGACCAUCUCUGCCAGUGACCAGGAGAUGAACUCUGCCCUGGCUGAGCUAUCACGGAAUUACUCAGGUGACCUCAAUUCCCUGGUGGCUCUGCAUGAAUUGUACAAAUACAUCAAUAAGUACUAUGACCAGAUCAUCACAGCCUUGGAAGAAGACCCAACAGCACAGAAGAUGCAGCUCGGAUAUAGGCUACAACAGAUUGCAGCAGCUGUGGAGAAUAAGGUCACGGAUUUGUGACAGGCGCAGACAGACUGCUCUCCCCUGGCUGAACAGGGCCAUGCUCAUCCUGGCUAUGUGCAGGGUGUCCUGCUGCCAUUGGAACCAGACUCUCCAAGGAACCAGCGGGUGACACGAAUGGGGAUGGCCAAGGCAGUACGAAGUACAAGCGUCCUUGCAUCUCAGAGAAUAUUUUUUUACGUUUUUUUUUUUUCUUUUUACGACAAAACAAACGAACUUCAGUUUUCCUCUGACGGAGUCUCAGGGGACCACACGGCUCCUUCCUACAGACGUUCCGUGAAUGUGCCAAGCUUCCGAACGGCGCUGCUGAAGAGCCAGGUAGCAGCACCAAGCACCGUGUCUGCCGAGUCCUGGCCUUGCACGGGUGCCCUUGCCAGUGCCGGGGGAGGCUCCCUGGCUGCGGCCGCUCGUUUUACUGGGGAUACGGGAAGCUUUCCCCUGGCUGACAGGAACACUGACCUCUGUCCCUGUAUGGGUUAGCGAGCGUUCCUGCAGUACCCCACCUGAGAAACUUCCUUGCAGCAGUGUUCCCACUGGUUCUGGACAUUGGGUGUGGAAAGGAGAGGGCCUGAUGGCGACGGCCUCCUGCUACCCAGUGUGUGACGCGUGCCGGGAUGUAACGUGCUCACCAGCGGGCACGCUCGCCCAGGAGCCCCCUGUAAAUGGACACCACCCCCUCGCCCUUUCCCUCAGGACAAAUUUAGCACGUGAGGAGCCGGCUGCCCGGCUCGCCUUGGUCUCCACUGACCCAGCUCUGGAUCCGUCUUUCCUGGUUCCUUGUGGUCGGGGUCGCCCUGCUCUUCUGAAAAGCACAACAAAUGCCUUGUGCCACUUCCCCUUCCUCUGUUGUCUGGCUGUUCUGCUGCUCUGAACUGGACUUGUAAAUACCCUCAGAAAGAUAAUGUAUUUAAAUGCUAAAGGAGAAUGUUUAAUUUUGUGGCUUUGAGACAAAGCUGUUCUCGGAGAAGCAUCUCUGUGCACUUCUACUGACAAACGUCUGUCAGCACUGGAGCGAAGUUUUCUCCACUGCUUUGUCUGCAGGGAUAACUCGUAGAUGUCUGCAUUGUCGUAACAGCAGCUUGCUUUUCCUCGCAGCUCACUUUGAGGCGUAGCUGUGUGUUCUUCUCUUAGGCUCGCCUUACACCUCAGUUUCACCUCCCGAACUCUCCAGUGGUGGCACACAGAAGAGUUAUCUGGGGAGCUGUGAACUCAAGGAAGCCGAGAAGCGCAACCGUGUUGUUCCCGAAGGGCGUUGGGUGCCCUGCAAACAGGAGUGAUGCCUGCAAGCAAGGAGAGGCCGGAGCAGUGCGCACAGUCAGUCACCAGCCGUCCGGGCAGCCCCUCUGCUCCCUCCUGGAGAGCACUCGGGGCGGUUCUCACCUUGUGGACAGAGCACUCUGCCCUUCUGUGAGUGAAUUACUGUCUGAAAGGUUACCCUACUUCUUCUUGUCCCCUGCUGAGCCCAGGCUGAUGUCCUGCGUGCCUGGGGCAGACCAGCAGGUCUCACUCCUGUCACUCCCCUUAGACAGUGAUCGUGCGGGCCAGGAGGGAGCAGAGCUAGAACAGGGCACGAUCACAUCCCUACCUCUCUACGUUGCGUAUCGCAGCAGUUCCAGGCCUGUUGGAUCAGUCCUACGGCUCUAUGUGAGCACUGCGCAGUUGUGAGAUUUCCUCUGAGCAAUAUAACAAGCACGCGUUGGCCUGUCUUCCUACAGACUCCCCUGCCACAAAGCCAGCUCCCUGCUGUGACCGUCUCAGCAGCAUUCCCAGGUACUCUGUGUGCCCAGAGUGCAGCCGCCGUCCCUGUGCCACCAUCCUGCUGCGCUGGGUGGCCACUGCUGGGCAGGAAGGGGAGGCUGGAGUUUGCCUGCGUCUCUUCCCCCAGGAGGGCACCGGUUUGGGUCUGUCUCCUGCCUGACCACCCUAUUCCAUGGAACUUGUGUCUCAACUAAAUCUGAUGAAAUUAGCCCAAAAAAAGCUGGGUGGAGGAAAGGACUGGCAGAUAGGAAAAGGCAGAUACAAUGCACGUUCAUAAAGCCCGUUCACUUAGGAACCACGAGAGGCAAUCGCCAGGUUCAGGUCGAUGAAGGAAUGACAUGACAGGCAGUGGCAGUGUAGCGUUGUCCCACUUUGGUGCUGACAGUGGACUUGCCGCUCUGGGCAGCGAGGCUGGGUUUGUGGCCUCCAACUCGCUGAGCAUCUGCCAGGAGCCACAGGCAUCUGCUGGACCUAAGGCUCUGCAGGCUGCUCGUGUCUGCUCCUAUUUUUGCAGGAUUUUCUCUCUGCUUUUCCAGAACAGGGCGGCACAGGGCUUGGUUCUGGGUCUGCCUCACAUCAGCAAAGGGAGGGGGACUCGGCCUCUCCUGGGGUCAGUGCCAGGCAUCCAACUCUCUUCUGCUCCCCUCAGGCAGCUCUCUGGGUCCUGCAGCGUCUUCUGCGCAGGUCAGGGUAAAACCACGCUGAGAGGGCAGCCUCUGCCCACAGAGAGCUUUUGAGGGAGUCGAGCUCCACACCCUCUUUACUUCUCAGUAGCGCUCCCAGAUGUCAGAGAUGAUUUACUUUGUCUGUGAAAAUCUGCUUUCAUCAGAGCAAUAAUCAGGACUUGCAAACAGAGCUAAACACGGGUGAUGUGUUCAACAUCUCGAGCUCGUCCUUGCAUGGCCGGGCAAGAGGCAGCGCCCGGUGCAGGUGUGGUGAGGGCAGGGGGCUGGUGCCCACCUCUCCCCAUCGCGGUGCCCUCAGCGUCCUCCGUCCCCCCGGCCCCUCGCAGGGUGCUCAGGCACGGCUCCCCCUUCUCUCCGUCCAUUCUCCCCUCCUGUGGCAAAAUCCAUUCCUACAGCAGGGUUCUGUUGCAUUGAGAUUUGCACAAAACAGCUUUUUAUUGUAAAACUCCCUACUGCGGGGAAGAGUUAUUUAUUUAUUUCUCACAAUCCUUCCAAGUUUCUCCCAGUCUCCACCUGGUCCCACGAGCGGCCAGCCAGCCACCCCCGCCAGAAGGAGCGAGUGCUGCGAGGGAAGUCAGCGCUCCCUUCGCAGUCUCAGAAAGGUGAUCUUGAAUGUUUUGUACUGCGGUCAGAGAAAUAAACUUGCUUUUUCCGUGGUCUGGAUGAGAGGCUGAGAGCUGAUCAGUAUUACGACAAGUAUCCGUUAGUGCGUCGAAUGUCUCCCGCUGGUGCAGCUGAGGGCCGCGGGCACGCACACCGCAGAGAUGUGAGAGCGCUGCUUUCGUCUGCUCAGUGGCACGUUUAGGCUGUACCUGGGAGCUUUUUUAUAGCGAAACGAUGGCUACUUUCUUUUUACUGAAAAUAAAAGGGUUCUUGGAUCCCGCUGCUUUGGUGGAAUGCCAUUUCUUUUUCAGGGUGUGCCCCAGUCGCAGCGAGAUGCUGCUUUUUUGGUGCCUUUCUUGUCAGGAUGAUCGUUUUGGUUUCCUGAACACCCGGUUUGCUCUCAUAGUUCUUCUCCUGGUCCUUUGUCCUGGUGACUUUGCCCUCUCCCAGCCGUGUGACGUGGAGUCUGUCUCUGUUACGGUAUGGCCUGACCUGCAUUUAUACCCUGCCACACUUUGAGUUCUGCUCAGAGCACCCGAGGUACUGUCUUUCUCAAAUUGGAAUUAAUAAUUAAUAUAAAAAGCUUGAAAAAAAUCUGAAUUUUGUUACAUAGUGUAAUAACUGUUUGUAGAUACUGUUCUGAGAUGUAGGAAUCUAUGGGUGAUAUAAAAGGUUUUGUCUGUAAAUAAUCAGUUUAGAGUCCAAAUGAUUUUAAUAAAGAGAAUUCUUACACAAUAAUUCAAUAAAUUUUAAUAUACAACCUGCGUGUCCC